AAAGGAAAAGAAAAGUGAAAGAGCCCAAUGAAGCUAGCUAGCUACUAACAUAUAACGCAGGGCAGGCAGCACAAUGAUCAAUGCAUGAAAAUCGAAAUUACAUUUGCUUUAAAUUUCUUCUCUUGUUGAUUUUAUCUUUGACUACCCCAACAUGAGGACCUGCAUAUCUUGCCAGCUCAUGUACUCCAAAUAUCAGGGCAGCGCGUGCAGGCAGUGCUACGAGGACCUCAAGGCCAAGGUCGAGCAGUGCAACGAGGACCUCAACGCCAAGGUCGAGCAGUGCAACGAGGACCUCAACGCCAAGCUCGCUUUUCUCACGAUGCCCCAGCCGGCUUCCUUUUCCGACGUCGUUCUGUUUGCCGACGACGACGACGAGUACCCCGUACCCGUUCUGGCCCAUAAGGCUGUUUUGGCGAACCGUUCUCCAGUGUUGAGAGCCAUGCUUGAUAAUGAGAUGAAAGAAAGCCUGAGUGGCACCAUCAAGAUUGGCGAUGUCUCCUACAACGCCCUUCGCGCCUUCGUCAACUUCCUCUACACAGCUGAGGUAUGCCUCGACCAGCAAUUGGCCUGUGAGCUCCUUGUAAUGUCUGAAAAAUACCAGGUGCAGCAUCUCAAAGACUUCUGCCAGAAGUUCUUGGUGUCCAACCUCAACUUGGACAAUUCACUUUCGACCUACACCUUUGCGCACCAGCAUAACUUUAAGCCGAUCAUCGACGCAGCCUUGACGCAGAUCACAGCCAGCAUGGACAAGCUUGCUUCCCAGGACGAGUACACGGAGCUGAAGGAGAGAGAUCCGGGACUCUUAUUAGAAAUCUAUGAAGCUUAUUUUUCCAAACAAGCUGACACUACAAUGUAUAUUUGAGGUCUGACUGUAAUUAUGCCAAACCUCAGUGGGUCUAAGAGAAAUUCCUGCUUAAAAAAUAUAUUUGAUAGAAUAUAAAUAGACUAAAAAUAAAGCAUAAAUUUUAUCCCAAGUAAUUU